AUGCACCUGUGGACCGAAUGGUGGAGCCCACGGAAUACUAAGGACCGUCAGGUCCUGGUCCAAACUCCCGCGGGCGCCACUCGUGGGAUCCACGGUAAAAACCGGUAUCGGCCCACGUCGCUGCAUAGUGGAGGACUUGCCGUCACGAUUUAG